CCAGACAAGUCAAUAUCUUGUUUGAUAAGUCGAAUUCAUUAUUAAUUAAAUCUAAAAAUGAAUUAAAUAAUCAGUUAAUAUAUAACAUCAUCGUCUCGAUAUAAAUAUCAACGCGACCGUCAAUAUUAUUGUGUUGACGAUAUAAGCGGACUACGGGUACGCUUCUCAAAGGAUAAGUUACCUGUUCAUUUGCCGAUUCUCUAGCCUGUGAGAGCGAUGGAUUCUACUUCUGCACUCGUCGUCAAGGUGAGCUACGGAGGUGUGCUUAGGCGCUUCAGGGUGCCUGUGAAAGCUAAUGGACAGCUUGAUCUUCAUUCGGAAAAUGUUGAUGUCAGUACCUACAGGAGAUCUACUCAACAGACUCAAGGUGGACCUGAUCAUCAGGCCAAACAAAGAGUGAACAGCGGAGGCAAUGAUGGUUGGCGGAAGACAGCUGUUAUGUCAGGCUCCUCUGCUGUAACUUUAGCUCCAAACCCAGAAAGAUCUCCAAACCCAGAAAGAUUUGCUGAGAUAAAUGUAGGUGACUCGCUGGACACCGAUUCCAUCGGGAAGCCUGGGUCUGGAAUAUCUGUGGAGCCAAACGACAACCAGCGUACUACAAUGAGAGAGUUAGCCAGGCAGCGUACUCAACAGAGGCAAAAAGAGGAGGAAGAAAGAGCAAGAGAUCAGCGGGCUAAGGCUCUUGCUAAACUAGAAGAAUUGAACAGACGUUCCCAACUGGCUGGGGAGAGUUCAGUGAAGAACUUGGAAGCUGCGCACAAUGCUUCUACCCCUGACAUGCCAGAAGUUCCUCUGUCACAUUCACCUGCAUCACGGGAGAAGAAGACCACUGUUACAGCUGAAGAUUCUAUAGAAGUCACUGAAGAGUCAAGAAAAACGUUACUGCCUUCACCAGAAGAUGCAAAUAAUGAAGGCUCUACUCAACAUGAUAACCCUCCACGUCACCAUGAUGGCGCUGCCUCAAAACAGAAACGCUUGGGUUAUAAGCAGAAGCAAAAUAUCGUAUUUGAGAAAAAAAUGGCGGGGAGCUCUUUCUCUGAAGCUACCACAGAGGUAGUUGAUGUUGUUCCACCUCCUGAGGUGUCAAACGAAGGUGUUCUAGGUCAUAACUCAGUCAUGCCAGCAGCGUCAAGCGUUUCAACUGAGUCAACUAACACGAAAAGAAAAAAUAACAGGAAUGGUAAUAAGAAAAAGCACAGGGUUGAGGAGACGACAGCAAUGAACCCGACAAGAGCUACCGUUGUAAAAGAUUCAAAAUCCGGAGAUGAGUCAACUGAGAUAGGUAGGGAAAGGGCACCAGAAAUGGAGUUUGGGUCUCUUUCAGUCCCAAGCUUGGAUAUUAAAGUGUCUGGUAAUUCGUCUGACCAAAUAAGUUCCUUCACGAAUGAAGAGUCGCAAAGCAGAGUAAAACACAACUGGAAAUCUCAGCACUUGCGUAGGAAUCCAAGAAACUCAGUGGCAAAUAAGCCUGCAGAGAAAUUUGCUGGUAGCAGUACUGUUAUUUGGGCCCCGGUACAUCCACAGCAGAAAGCUGAUAUCUCCACAGAUGCAGACAGUCAGAAAACAGUUCCUGAGUUUAGCACCUCUUCGAAGAGUCUGCAUCAAGUUCAGACUAGUUCUAAAAGCAAAAGAGUGGAGAUGGAGAGAUAUGUAGCAAAGCCCAUAGUAAAGGAAAUGGCUGAGCAAAGCGUCAGUAAGAAUCCAAUAACGACUGCCCCAGAAAUGACAGAAAAUGUUCUGCAGAAAGAAAAUUGUGGGGGUGAAGGUACAGGAAUUCUCCAACCUUCUGUUUCAACUGCGGGGAAAUCUGGGUCUCCUUCAAAGUCAAGACAUGGGAAUGGUAGGCAGGGCAAGCAUGGUAGAGAUCAUGGAUCUCCGCACCAGCGAGGUUCUGUAGCUUCUACUAAAGCUUUGGAGGAUGGACAAUUCCGAGGAACAGUGAACUAUCACAGAAAUAACCAAACUGAACAAAUUGCUGUAGGCUCUUCUAAGGAUCACACCACAUGUAAAUCUGAUGGAUGGAACGAUGGCUGGUAUGUGCCUCCUGAAACGCAUUCCUCUGCGGCUGAAGAAGUAGAAGCAAAUGGUCCUGGAACCGUUGCUGUUGGAAAAGAUCAGGGAAUGAGCAUUCACGGUAAGCAGCAUGCUUCCAGAAGCUACAAGGAUGGAGGAAGUAACUAUAGCGACCCUAGAAAAGCGAAUAAGAGGGAUCCCAGUAAAGCUCAUAUGCAGCAGUCUGGACAUGGAGUAGGUCAACAAGAUCUUCCUGUUGCUUCCAAAGAAAGUCGUGGCCCUGAGGAUCAUGUGUCGCACACAGCUGUUAACUCUAAUGUUAAUAGGGGAGGUAACCAUGGUGGUCGUGAAUACACGAGAGACAAAACUUAUGUAUCUCAGAAAAGGGAUGUUGCUGGAUACGGACAGAAAAUGACAUCAGCUGAUACACCAGCCCAGUCCCAAAACCGAUCUACCAGUAAGGAGGUCCAGGGUGAGCAUCAUCCGAACAGCAUGUUCCAAAAGAACACAGACCAUAGUCAACGGUUUGGAAGAGGGCAUCAUGACUCGCAAGGAGGUUGGGGUUCAUCGGCGCAAGAGAAUAUGCACCACCAUCACCAUCAGAGGCCAGCUUCAAACAGAGAUAGACAGAAGCAGAAUCUGCAUUACGAAUACAAGCCUGUUGGUUCACAUACGCAUGAUGGAGAACAACAAUUUAAAGACGGAUCUCAGGCAGAAGGUCCACCAAGAUACAGGGAGAAGGGACAGGGCCAGCAAAGGCAUGGUGGACACCAACAGCAAAGGGGUAGUGCUGGGAGAAACACCGGUCAUGGAUUAACAGAUGAGAGAAACUAAGAUUUGGCCUCUAUGUUAUUAUAGAUAGUAGUAAGAGCUGCGUAGCUGAGGCCUGUUGCAUUUUGAGAUAUGGCCAUUGAAGGAAGCUAUUAUUUUGUAGGGCAGGGGCAUAGCCUUUAGGUGCCUGCCAAAGGAGGAGUCCUCAUCUGAGGACGUAUUGGCAGAUAACAAAGUCUAUGCUCGAGGGUGGUUUUAUUAUGUAUGUCAGUCACUUAUUUGAAUAUGCAUCUCAUCAAACUUUAGCCUUUUGGUGUUACAUUUGCUGGCAGUUGGACUGACUCUGUUUUGUUAAGCCGUUGCUGGUUGUGUUGUUUGUUUCUCCUUUUGUUGUCGGAGUAUGUGAACCAUUUAACAUGACCUACUUUUCUUUUGAAUUCAAUUCCUUUUUUCUUACAAA